ACUCAGAAAUUGUUCUCCCAUGGUUGGUUCUCAUCCAUCACAGGAUCACAUUGUUUGGGGUUUGAUGUGGCAGCUGCUCCAGGCCGUGGUGUUCUCAUUUUUUAAUACUUAGGUGUACAAAAGAGGUAUUUGCUGUUAAACCUGAGGGCUGUUUAAGUACACAGAGUCAGAAGGUGAUUUUUGAAAAUGGGAGCUGAGUGUGAUGAUCACAGACUGUCCCUUGCCCUGCUGUGCCCAGGGAUCUGCAGCUCUCUCUUCUGCAGCUGAUGGGAAAUUCAGGCAAAAAAGUAGAAUAUGGCAGCUUACUUCUGGAAUACUGAAAGGGGGAUCCAUUUCUUUUAAACCUCCAAAUUCCAACUUUUGUUUUAUUGGUGAGGUUUGGAAAUUGUCAGUGUUUUUUCUUGAGGGCAGAAGAAGCUAGGAAGUGUGGCUGUACUUCACAUCCUGCUUGGCUUUUUAUGAGUUACACAGCAAACAAAGGGAAAAGGAUAUUAUCAUACUUGCUGAAAAAUAAGGUCCAAGCCUUUUAUAUUCCAAGGAAACAGAGGCAAUUAGGGAACAGAAAUUGGAUCUUUACAUGUGCUUAACAUGCCUAGAGAACAGGGGAAUGAAAAUGUGUGUGCUGUAUUGUGUGUUUUUGUAUCUACAGAAUUAAUGAGUCAGUCUGUGAUCACUUAAUUUAUGUUUUCUAGCCCAUUUUUAUGUGAUCUAGGCUAUGAUAGUAGCAAUACCGAAAGGGAGAUUACCUGGUUGUCUUUUUUAUUAUUAUUAUUUUGAGGUGUUGAUUUCAGUAGCCUAAUUCUUAAUCCUACUGAAAUUUGCCAUGAUGAAUAUGUUUGAGCAGGGUUAUUCUGCCAACUUUAAAAUUACUCAGCAUCUUGAGAAUGACUUAAGAGAAAAUAAAUAUGUUAAUUUAUAAGAGAGGCAGGAUUCUUCUUAUUUAGGAGCAUAUCAGCAGCUGAGUUGUGGAUUUUAGUGUUGCAGAGGGGAAAGGAGCAUAAGCAUUCACGUGGAGCAUAUGGCUGUUCCUUGAGAAACUUCAACAGAUCUUAACCUCUUGAAAAACCUGGUUUAUAUGGUUCUGGGCAAAUAUUUAUUAUCUAAAUUACCUGAAUAUUCUGUGUAACACGAGUGUCUUCCUGUCUGUUGGUCCUUGCAUGUCACCUGCCUGUGCAGUCAUCACCUGGACCAAGUAGUUCAGCAUGAUGCAGCCCACAGCAGUAGGUGAUGGGUUUUUGUCUUCCACGUUGAACAUCGGUGGGAUCUCUGCUGGAACAAGAUAAUGUCUUCAACUCACUGAAGGAAAGGGAAUAUUUGUUCACACUUAUGAUGAUUUGACACAAUUAAUGUCUUAAUAACCAUGAUGGCAACACAGACAUUAAGUAUAGACAACUAUCAAGAUGGACAACAGAUGCAAGUGGUAACAGAGUUAAAAACUGAACAAGAUCCCAACUGCUCUGAAACUGAUGCCGAAGGGGUGAGUCCUGCCCCUGUAGAAUCUCAGACUCCAAUGGAUGCAGACAAGCAGGCCAUUUACAGGCACCCACUAUUUCCCUUGUUAGCACUAUUAUUUGAAAAAUGUGAACAAUCUACACAAGGCUCAGAAGGCACAACUUCUGCCAGUUUUGAUGUAGAUAUUGAAAACUUUGUAAGGAAGCAGGAGAAAGAAGGAAAACCUUUUUUCUGUGAAGAUCCAGAAACUGAUAAUUUGAUGGUAAAAGCAAUCCAAGUUCUGCGUAUCCAUCUGCUGGAGCUAGAAAAGGUUAAUGAACUCUGCAAGGAUUUCUGCAGUCGUUACAUUGCCUGCCUGAAGACAAAAAUGAAUAGUGAAACUCUAUUAAGUGGGGAGCCUGGAAGUCCUUAUUCACCUGUGCAAUCUCAGCAAAUUCCAAGUGCCAUUGCAGGCACACUCAGUCCCCAAGGGAUCAUGGUGCCAGCAUCAGCAUUGCAGCAGGGAAAUGUAACUAUGGCAACAGUAGCAGGGGGGACAGUGUAUCAGCCAGUCACUGUGGUCACUCCCCAAGGACAAGUGGUGACACAGGCGCUGUCACCUGGCACUAUUCGCAUCCAGAACUCUCAGCUCCAGUUGCAAUUAAACCAAGAUCUAGGCAUCUUGCAUCAAGAUGAUGGCUCAUCAAAAAAUAAGAGAGGAGUUCUUCCCAAGCACGCUACAAAUGUGAUGAGAUCUUGGCUUUUUCAGCACAUAGGGCAUCCAUAUCCAACAGAGGAUGAGAAGAAGCAGAUUGCAGCACAAACAAAUCUGACACUACUCCAGGUUAACAAUUGGUUUAUCAAUGCUAGAAGGCGAAUUCUUCAGCCAAUGCUGGAUUCCAGUUGUUCUGAAACUCCAAAAACAAAGAAGAAAACAGCCCAGAACCGACCAGUCCAGAGGUUCUGGCCUGACUCCAUUGCCUCAGGAGUUGCUCAGCAGCAAUCAAACGAGCUCACGAUGUCAGAUGGUGCUGUCGUGACCAUCACAGCUCCAGUGAACAUGAAUGUGGACAGUCUGCAGUCCUUGUCCUCUGAUGGUGCCACCCUGGCUGUGCAGCAGGUGAUGAUGGCAGGGCAGAGCGAGGAUGAGUCCGUGGACAGCGGUGAAGAUGAUGGGGGAGACCUCUCAACAGCAAACAUCAGUGGGCUGGUCUUGGAUAACAGCGACUCUCUGCAGUAGGAAACCAGAGAGCCUGGAGAAAAACACUUAGGAAAAAAGAACGGACUGACUGACUGACUUUUUAUAGUUUGCACAGCAAACAUUUUACACAAGUUUUAUUUCUAAUAUGUUUUAUAUGUAGAUAUAGAAGGGUGCACUUUUUUGUAUUUCAUAGUAAGCUUAAAGAGUGUUUUUGCAGGUGCAGCAACUUCUUUCAAAUGUGUUUUGUUUUUUUUUUGUUUGUUUGUUUCUUUUCCUUUCCUUAUUUCAGAAAAUUAUAUCUAGUAAUAUAAAGAACCACGUAAGCACCCCUUUGUUCUCUGAAUUGGAAGUGCUGCAGUUUCUGAUGAAUUAUGCAGUUUCAAUUAGUGCUGUUAUUUAACACAGCUUUUGAUGGGCAGGUGAUGUAAAUUUAAAGCAUGUGACACUAGUGUGUGAAACUUGAUUAUUGAGUUAGAUGCAUAUAUUUGAAAGAUGCUUCUGCACCUUAAAAACUGCUAGUCUGAGGUGGACAGCAACACACAUAAAAAAGAAACUGUUGAUGUGUGAUUCAGUAGAGAAUGUAUGGCAAUUUAAAUAAGUUUAGUUUCUCUCAUAGUCCAUGAGCCUGUUUAUCAUUUGCUAUAAAAACUCCUAUUUUUACCUUGCUGGGGUUAUUGGAUAAAAAAAAAUAUUUUUAUAAAUUCACUAGAAAUUGGGAUGACAACUGUAUUAAGCAGGAGGAAAAAAAAAUAAUUUCCAGAGGGGAAAAAUAAAUGUUUAGUAUUCCUAUUUGGAAGGUCUGAAAAUUGACCCAAUUUAAUAAACAAGCCUACAGUAGCAUUCUAUGAUUCUCAGCUAUCCCACAGUGAUAUACUAUAUUUGAUAAUAGCAUAAGAAGGGCCCACUGUUUGAUGGGAUUUUGAUAUUGUCAAACAUUGAUUUAUAUUAUGUGUAAACUAAUAUUCAAAUUGCAUAACUCUGUAUCUAGACUUGUAUCUGAAAAUAUUUGCUAAAUGAGUAUUCAGGUAAGUAAGUUCAAAUACCCACAACUUUUCCAAUUAUUAGAGAAAUUUAACAGUUUAUAGUUUGUACAACUAAAUCUAAAAAAAUGAAAAGUUGCCUACUAUACAGUCAUGAAUUCUGCUAUUUUGUUGCAUUUGAAAUAUUUUCCCCGAAUACAAGAAGAAAAAUAUAACAUGGAUUUAUAUAAAAUUUCUUCAGAUCUGAAGUUUACUACCAGAAUAUACAGCAGGCUUUG